GUCAAGCUUUAGAAAUGAAGAUUUUAAUGAACCAUGGUGUUCAGAUACAAGUUUCUUCAUUAGACUAAAGAUUGAUUCAGGAGCCAACCGUUCUUCGUCGCCUCUCACUGGAUUGUACCUAAAAAAUACAACAUAUUAAACGUUUUACAUAAACAUAAUGGGAACAGAAUGGAAACUUGAUAGCCAACUAAAAGCCAGUUUGGAAAGAAUAGAAGCGAUUGUUGUGAGGCUGCAAGAUGCCAAGGAUGGUGUUCCCAUUACUACUGUGAAAGCGUUAUGGCAUACAAUUCCUAAUGUUUGUACCGGCUCAGACAUUGUAACGUGGUUAAUGAAAGACUUAAAGUUGACCUCAAGAAUGGAAGGGUUAAAUGUUGCUCGUACAGUAGCUAAGUAUGGCUACAUAUUUGUUGCAGCUGAUAGCAAACUUACAGUAAAGGAUGAUCUCACACACCACAGAUUUCAAAACGAUUAUUUUUGGCCUACGAAGGAAAGAGCGAUAUCUAACACUGAUUACGCUAUUCAUUUAUGCAAGAGAUUAUUUUCCAAUAAAAAUCGUUCAAAUCUUGAGGUUUAUGAAAUGGAUCAAUUUACUAGGUUGCAGCGCCACCUUGGACAUAAGUGGGAAUAUAUAUGGCUGCAAGCUGAAGCCAGUUACAAAGUUGAUAAAAAAAAGAGUAAGGCAGAACAAUAUAUAAUUGAAAGCCAGGAAAGAGCAUUUUGGAACUUGCAUAAGCCACCACCAUAUUCUGAUUACGUGUUGGCAGCAGAUCCAUUAAAAUUCAAAAAAGACAUUGUUGAUACAGCCCCCUUAACUCAAGUUAAACUAUCUUCAGCACCAAACUCAGCUAGAAGACAUUCUGUGGAUUCGUUAAGAGAUGAUGGUCUAAAGACAAACAAAAAAAUGGAUCCACCAAAAGCAAUUGAAAGCCUGAUCACUUAUUGCUCGCAGUAUAAUAGGUUUGAUCCGUUGUUACGUCAAACUGAUCCUUCUACACAUGCAUGGUAUGUUGAGGAAUCACCUUCAUCGGGUGACUUCUCACGCAGAUCUUCCAACACAUCAAGCCAAGUUGAAAAAUGGGCGAUAAACCUUGAAGAAUUAUUAAGAGACCCUGAAGGUGUUGUCGUGUUUUUAAAGCAUUUAGAAAAAGAGCAUAGUUCAGAGAAUUUACGCUUUUGGCUUGCUUGCGAAGAGUACAAAGCUUGCCCUUUAAAAAAGUUAAAAGAGAAGGCAGACUUGAUUUAUAAGGAGUACUUGUCACGCACAGCUUUUUACCAAGUUAAUUUAGAUUCCAAGCUCAUGAUGGAUGUUCAUUCGGGAAUAGAAAACCCAAAUCAUUACACCUUUCAAGCUGCACAGUACGACAUAUUUCGCUUAAUGAGAUCUGAUAGCUACCCAAGAUUUUUGAAAUCAGAAAACUAUUUAAUGUUAUCGAAAGAAGCCAUGUCACCUGCUCACAAGGGACAAGAGAAAAAGGGAUUACUAUCUAUACUAACAAGCCCACAACAUAAAGUUUAGUAUGUUGUUCAACUGGGUGUUUCAUAGCUAUUGCACACGUGUAUGCAUAGACCUGUGGGAUCAUACAACGCAUUUCAAUAGAGAAAAAAAGCUUCGAAUAUCCUUUACAGCGAAUUAAGAUUUGGUCGACUGCUGAUGGUUUUAAAUUGUUUGAAAAUUCAGAUGUUGUUCGCUUUUUGGUGUAAAAAUUAUGCAGAUAUUUGUGUCAAUUUUUUUUAUGACUUUUGUUUUACAUUUUAUAUAUAUAUAAUGCUUACAAAUUC